CAAAACUGGAGCUCCUCCUCCCACGUGUAUCCGCAGGAACCGGCGGCAACGUGACGCGGGUGGAACCGACACAGGCAGACCGAAACCGGCGGACCGGAGAACAUUGAGAAAGAGAAAGGACUGAAGAUGGCAGAUGAUCCGAGCGCAUCGGAUAGAAAUGUGGAGAUCUGGAAGAUCAAGAAACUCAUCAAGAGUCUGGAAGCGGCGAGAGGUAAUGGUACGAGCAUGAUUUCUCUCAUCAUUCCUCCAAAAGAUCAGAUCUCCAGAGUGGCGAAGAUGUUGGCAGAUGAGUUUGGCACGGCGUCAAACAUCAAGAGUCGAGUGAACAGACUGUCAGUGCUGGGAGCCAUUACAUCUGUCCAACAGAGACUCAAACUCUAUAACAAAGUGCCUCAUAAUGGUCUGGUGGUGUACUGCGGCACAAUCGUGACAGACGAAGGUAAAGAAAAGAAAGUCAACAUCGAUUUUGAGCCUUUCAAACCCAUCAACACCUCUCUGUACCUCUGCGACAACAAGUUCCACACUGAGGCUCUCACAGCGCUGUUGUCGGAUGACAGUAAGUUUGGAUUUAUAGUUAUUGACGGAAGUGGAGCUCUAUUCGGGACCUUACAGGGCAACACCAGAGAAGUGUUGCACAAAUUUACUGUGGACCUACCCAAGAAACACGGAAGAGGUGGUCAAUCUGCGUUGCGUUUCGCUCGAUUACGGAUGGAGAAAAGACAUAAUUACGUGAGGAAGGUCGCGGAAACGGCGGUGCAGCUCUAUGUGUCGAAUGAUAAAGUCAACGUAGCCGGACUGGUGCUCGCCGGAUCCGCAGACUUUAAAACGGAGCUCAGCCAAUCAGACAUGUUUGACCCGAGGUUACAGGCGAAAGUAUUAAGGCUGGUGGACAUCUCUUACGGGGGUGAAAACGGCUUUAAUCAGGCCAUCGAGCUCUCCGCUGAGGUCCUGUCCAACGUCAAAUUCAUACAGGAGAAGAAAUUAAUAGGGCGAUAUUUUGACGAGAUCAGUCAGGACACGGGGAAGUAUUGUUUUGGAGUUGAGGACACGCUGAAAGCCAUGGAAAUGGGAGCCGUUGAAAUUCUCAUCGUCUAUGAAAACUUGGAGACGAUGAGAUACGUCUUCAGAAUCCACGGCGUGGAGCUGAACGGUGCUGAGAAUGAUGCGAAAGUCAUUUAUUUGACCCCAGAACAAGAAAAGGACAAGUCUCACUUCAUAGACAAAGAGACGGGGCAGGAACAUGAGCUCAUCGAGUCGAUGCCUCUGCUGGAGUGGUUCGCCAAUAACUAUAAGACAUUUGGAGCCACUCUGGAGAUCGUGACGGAUAAAAGUCAAGAGGGGUCACAGUUCGUCAAGGGCUUUGGAGGAAUCGGAGGUAUUUUGCGAUACAGAGUCGAUUUCCAAGGGAUGGAAUACCAGGGAGAAGACGAGGAGUUUUUUGAUUUGGAUGACUACUAGGUAGUCGGAACUGAAAUAGGGUGAAAUGAAUGAAGAUUUGAGAAAAUGUAGAAAGAAAAAUCGUUCUAUGCUACAGAGAGAGAGAAAGAGUUUGUGUGUUUUGAUCCCAGAUAAUCUUAAACACACUGACAGUUUCAGAAGAGAAGGGAAUCAUCUGUCAAUCAAAUAAAGGACAGAGCUAUUCAUGAAUAAUGAAAAAGCUUGCCUUAGAGCGUUCUGAUUGGAUAAGACUCAAUACCUCGCUCUGUUUAUUCUCCUCCCCCUUUUGAAUUAAAGUCACAGCACGUGUCCAGGAAGUAUAUUCACCCUAUUUUUGGACUCACUCCUUACGAAAUAAAAGUACAUUUUUCUUUUUCUUUUUUUUAUCCUCUGUUCCCUCUCUUUCUCCCCCUAAUUUUUCCA